AUGACUGAAGUCCUCCUAUCUGCUGCUUUGAAUGGAACUGAACCCAACCUGUUAUCCAGCAGUGGCUGGGCUGUGGGAAAUGCCACCACGAAGUGUUCCCUGACCAAAACUGGCUUCCAGUUCUAUUACCUGCCCACCGUCUACAUUCUGGUCUUCAUCACUGGGUUUUUGGGCAACAGUGUGGCCAUCUGGAUGUUUGUCUUCCACAUGAGGCCUUGGAGUGGCAUCUCAGUCUACAUGUUCAACUUGGCGCUAGCUGAUUUCUUGUAUGUCUUGACUCUGCCUGCCCUCAUCUUUUACUACUUCAAUAAGACAGAUUGGAUCUUCGGCGAUAUCAUGUGCAAGCUGCAGAGGUUCAUCUUCCACGUGAACCUGUAUGGCAGCAUUUUGUUUCUCACUUGUAUAAGUGUGCACAGGUACACGGGGGUGGUGCACCCCUUGAAGUCACUGGGGAGGCUGAAGAAGAAGAACGCCGUGUACAUCAGCACCCUGGUCUGGGUCAUUGUGGUGGCCGUGAUUUCUCCAAUACUGUUCUACUCGGGAACGGGGAUAAGGAGAAAUAAAACCACAACGUGCUAUGACACAACAGCCGAUGAUUACCUGAGAAGUUACUUCAUUUACAGCAUGUGCACCACUGUGCUGAUGUUCUGCAUCCCGUUCAUACUGAUUCUUGGUUGCUAUGGGCUCAUUGUGAAAGCUUUGAUUUACAAAGAUUUGGACAAUUCUCCUCUCAGGAGAAAGUCAAUUUACCUGGUUAUUAUUGUGUUGACGGUCUUUGCUGUUUCUUACCUUCCCUUCCACGUGAUGAAGACCUUAAAUCUAAGAGCCCGGGUGGAUUUUCAGACACCACAAAUGUGUGCCUUCAACGACAAGGUUUAUGCCACUUACCAAGUGACGAGGGGCCUGGCCAGCCUCAACAGCUGCGUCGACCCCAUUCUGUACUUCCUGGCAGGUGAUACCUUUCGAAGGCGCCUUUCCAGGGCGACCAGGAAAUCAUCCAGGAGAAGUGAGCACAACGUGCAGUCCAAAAGCGAGGAAAUGACUCUCAAUAUUUUAUCAGAGUAUAAACAGAACGGAGAUACCAGUUUGUAAACAAACAUGGAAGAUUUGGGAACGGUUUGAAAAAAUCCUCUGCUUUGAGACAGCAGGUUACUGUAGUGCUACAAGUGUGUGAGGAGAAUCUACCAGUCUCAAAUUCGUUUUAGGUAAAGCCUCAUUUUCUGAUCUUAGAGAAAGCUUAACAAAGAAUUUUAAUGGAAAGUAACAUGUCAGAAUUCAUCAUUUCCCUCACCUUAUGAUAUUCUUGUUUCUUUCUGACUUGUGUCAGAUAAAGUAAAAUGAAGUGUAUCCCCU